AUGAUUGAAAGUGUAUCUCGGCGUGCUUUUGGUGGCUCAAGUGGGACUUAUAACGUUAGAGCUACAGAACUAGCAAGGGAUAGGAGGCUUAAAACAUUGACAGUUACUGUUAUUUUUUUAGAUGACACCAAACAAUUAUUUCAGCUAGAGAAACGUGCGAAAGGACAUGUGCUGUUAGAACUUGUUUUCCAACAUCUUGAGCUUGUUGAAAAGCAUUACUUCGGGCUCCAGUUUUCUGAUAAUGGUGUUCCUCCUACACCAGCUAAUGCUGACAUGAAGCGAUGGCUAGAUCCUGCGAAACCAGUAAAGAAACAAAUGAGAGGACAUGGUUACUUUUAUUUGAGAGUAAAAUUUUAUGUGUCAGACCCUAGCAAGUUACAAGAAGAGUACACUCGUUAUCAUUUCUACCUUCAGAUCAGGAAGGAUAUAUUGAAUGGGAAACUUAUCGUGCCUCCGUCCACUGCCUGCCUUCUCGCUAGCUACAUGGUGCAAUCUGAACUUGGAGAUUAUCAUCCAGAUGAUCAUGGUCCGAAAUACCUGUCAGGAAUGCAACUCAUCCCAGGACAGAGUGAAGAAAUGGAAAGGAAGAUAGCAGAACUCCACAAGUUACAUAAAGGACAAACACCAGCUGAUGCUGAAUUCAACUUCUUAGACCACGCUAAAAGGUUGGAUAUGUAUGGAGUUGAUUUACAUCGAGCUAGGGAUUCGGCGAAUAAAGAGUUGCAGUUGGGUGUCACCUCAACUGGACUUGUUGUCUUUCAGAACGGUGUUAAGAUCAACAAUUUCUCUUGGGGAAAGAUAGUAAAAAUUUCUUUUAAAAGGAAGCAAUUCUUUAUUCAGUUACGAAGGGAGCCUAGUGAAAGCUACGACACCCUUCUUGGGUUCAAUGUAGUGACCUACAGGUCUUGCAAAGUUCUCUGGAAGUCUUGUGUAGAACAUCAUACCUUCUUCAGACUUCAUUCUCCUGCAGUGAGACGCCGUACUCCGUUGCCAAUCGGAUCAAGAGUUUAUUACUCUGGCAGAACUGAGCUUCAGGCGAUAGAGGAAGCGAGACUUCGGCCUAGAGUUGAGCGGACUUUUAUAAGGUGCUCCAGUCGUAAGUUGGUUGUAAGUACUCCUGAUGACAAGAAUAGACCUCUUGGGGUAACUAAUUCGACGAGAUCUUCUCGAGCGUACGAUAACAAAGUGACUUCGCUUUCAAGGGAACCUAGGAGAGCAUGGGGAGAGAACUCGCCCAAUAAUAUUGAUGACGAUGGAGGUUUCCUGGAUCGAACGAUAGAGGAGUCGAGGGCGUUUACACCAGUUCUCCCGGCUAGGACUAUUUCUUAUGCCGAUGAAGAACCUGACAGUGAGAGACCGACGACUGCCUCUGGCCUCUACGACCUUUCCCAUUACAGUCCUCAGUCAAGCCCCCACCUAACUUCUCAGGUCGAGGAAGGAAUUGUUUUCAUCAGGAUGACACCAGAUGAAGAAGGGAGGUUUGGCUUCAAUGUGAAAGGUGGGAGCGAUCUAGCGAUGCCGAUCCUAGUAUCCCGAGUGGCUCCAAACACUCCUGCAGACAGGUGCUAUCCUAAGCUUAAUGAAGGGGACCAGGUGCUAUGUAUAAAUGGAAUUGAUGUCGGUGGAAUGUUACAUGAACAAGUUGUAAAUCUGAUCAGAGCAUCGAGGGAUGCUCAUGGUGGAGAACUGGUUUUAACAGUCCGUCCAAGCAGUGUAUACGAGGCUGGUACCUGCCCUGAAGAGAAGGAAGAAGAGCCCCUGUAUCAAUACGUUAGUGAUACAAGUGUCGGCAGAGACUCGUUGGAACAGUCCAUUGGCCUGCUUCGUGAAGGUUUGAUGUCUGGAUCCUUGGUUCUAGCGUUCGAUCGUCUCUACAGAAAGAAGCCAGGGUUGACAACUACACAGGCAGCUCUUCCCCAGAACACCAAUGCCAACAGAUACACUGAUAUAUUACCAUAUGAUCUGACUCGAGUUAUUCUCGAGUCUGGAGUAAAUGGUGACUAUAUUAAUGCGAACUAUGUCAAUAUGGAAAUCCCUGGUUCAGGCAUCAUCAACCGCUAUAUCGCCACACAAGGCCCUUUAGUAAAUACAGUUGGUGACUUCUGGACGAUGGUAUGGGAGGCAGGGAGCUGCCUGGUUGUAAUGGUAACCAGUCUCAUGGAGCGUGGUAGGGCCAAGUGUCACAAGUACUGGCCAAACAUUGGUGAGACGUUAGAAGGUGCAGGCCUGCGUCUCAAGUCUGUCCGUGCCCAGUACAACAACCCAGCUGGCUUCAUAUCUAACACUCUUACUCUGACUCAUCUUCAGAGUGGUGUUGAAAGAGAAAUAACCCAGCUCCAAUAUAUUGGUUGGCCUGAUCAUGGUGUACCUGAUAAUGCUGCAGUCUUCUUGCAGUUCAUAGCUGAAGUCCGGAGGUUCAGGGUUGGUAUGGUAGAACCAACGAUUGUCCAUUGUUCGGCGGGUAUCGGUCGCACUGGUGUUCUGAUCCUGAUGGAAACAGCACUUUGCCUGAUUGAGGCUAACCAGCCAGUUUAUCCGCUGCAAAUCGUGCAACAUAUGAGAGACCAGAGAGCCAUGAUGGUGCAAACUUCGAGCCAGUUUCGUUUUGUAUGUACCUGUAUCCUUCAUGCCUACACAGAAGGUAUUUGCAAGCCCUUACCUGAGUAUUUAUAUCCGUGA